AUGGGAAUCGCGGACGAUCCGGAGUGCCGUUGGUGUAUGGAGAAGGACGAAACCGCAGACCACGUUAUAUCAUGGACUAUUCUGGAAAGGAAAGACAAUGACAAGGAUAGAUAUGGAGAGCCAAGAACAUCGCAGGCUAAUAUUGGACAAGCGUCACAUCCUCCAGCAGAACCUGUAAAUAUAUCUGUUGCGGACUAUUCUUCUCCAUCGACAUCCCAACAAACUUAUGACGUCAAAGUCCAUCCUGAUAUUAUAGAUCAUGAAAAUGAUCUGGAUCGUUAUGUUGGGUUGGCUACCCAGCUAUCGACGGAAAAUAAGAGGGAGUUGUUACAAAAUCCUUGGAUCCCGCCAAAAAUUACGAUUUUGAAAUAUAUUCCAAGCGACAAGUUAAAGAGUCGCUUGGAAAAGUGCCAGCGCAAUGUAGUUUAUACAUCGCCAAAAAUACGAAACGAAUUGAUAAAUUUAUGUGGCGAAGUUAUUGAGGAGAAUAUAAUAAGUGAGGUUCAGAAGACUGUGGCUUACGCAGUCUUAGUUCAUGAAACAGCAGAUGUAGCUGGGAAAGAACAGCUGUUAAUAGGCGUGCGGUUCUACGACGAAAGCAAAAGAAAAAUCAGAGAACAAUUUGCAGGGUUCGUUGAAGUAAAAGUACAAAAUGCUUCAGCAAUUGCCGAAGCAAUUGACAAUUUCUUGAUUAGUUCUAACUUCCCAACCGAAGAUUGCGUAGGGUUUGGAUUCGAUGGCUGUUCUACAAUUGCAGGGAAAGAGGGUGGCAUACAAGCCAUUUUGAGAAAAAAAUAUCCUCGUGCUUUAUAUUUUAAUUGCUCAAGUCACAAACUCAACCUUGUUGUGAGUGAUGCGAACGCAGUGCCAGAAAUUAGCAAUACUGUCGCCAUUGUAAAGGAUGUUAUAACGUUUUUCAGAGUAUCGAGUACACAUCGAAACUACGCUCCAAACCUAUCACGAUUGUGUAAGACGAGAUGGUCCGAAAAUAUAAAUCAAUCAGAAACUUUUCCAGAGCUUGUGAAAUCUCUAGAAAAGUUAUCCGUAGAGGGAAAUUAUGCCACCAGAAAAUCUGCAUAUCAGUUGCAUUCAGCCGUUACAAAACCAGUGUUUAUUGUUGCUCUACAAACAAUAGCUAAAUAUUUAGCAGUUUUAGAACCAGUAGUUAACGCACUGCAAGCUAAAUCGAUCGACAUGAUCUCGUUGGGGGCACAUAGAAAUUUCGGUUCCACGUCUUGCUCACAAGCAAACACAUAG